GUAAACCUGGUGAGAGGACUUUGCGAGGAGAAGUAAGGGCAAUCGGUUCCCUCGAAUAGAGACCUAAGGUUAUUUUUGUAUGCGUGCACGCUGCUGGAUGCAGCUUACUGGAGAAAUCAUGUUUCCUAACUUCAGCUCCGACUUAGAUUCCUCAUCAUCCCACUGCAAUACAGCAUCUUCGGCCGGGGAUACCCUGCCGUUUCUCCAACAGCCUCCAGCUGAUGCUGUCCCCGGCGAAUGUGCGCUUCCAAAAGAGGACAAGCAGGAGCUGUGUAGUGAAAUGGAUGUCACUCGGACUCUGACAACAAUCGCAAUAACCCCGGAGAUGCAGUGGAUGGUUGAGCCUACGACGCUCGCUCCUCUCUCGGCUUCCCGCGGUCGAGCCGGACGCCACCGGGCACUUUGCUCCGUCAAGGCGACUCCCGAAGGCGGCGUCAGCAAGGGACAAACCACUAGCAGGAGGGGGAAGAACGAGCAGCUGUCCCCAGAAGAUGAAGAGAAAAAGAGGAUCCGGAGGGAGAGGAACAAAAUAGCUGCGGCAAAGUGCCGCAAUCGGCGGAGGGAACUGACAGACACUCUGCAAGCUGAGACCGAUAAGCUGGAAAACGAGAAGUCGGGGCUGCAGACUGAAAUAGCCAGCCUUCUUAGAGAGAAGGAGCAGUUGGAGCUCAUACUGGCUGCACAUAAGCCGGCAUGUAAAAUCGUGGAUGACCCGGAGGAAAUUUUUCAAGAGCCCGUCAGAUCCCCCCAUUCAUCGCCGGAAACUCCAAAGCUCCAAGAGAGCGGUGUGUCCGAGGCUCCUUCGCCGCAGGAUCCGGACAGCCCUGGCUUCCCGACCACAGCCAUCUCCGGGAACUCAAACAUCCUGCUGUGCUCCAGUGCCGAAGAAAACAUGGGUGACUUUGAGCCCACCUUGGGCUUGAAGGAGGAGCCUCUGGACAACAUACUGUCUGGCAUGGACAAAACCUCCACGGACACUGCACAUUCGGUCCCAGACAUUGACCUGAGCGGUUCCCUUGGGGUGCCCGACUGGGAGACCCUCUACAAAUCUGUGUCCGGUGACCUGGAGCCCUUGAGCACCCCCAUCGUGACCACCACUCCCAGCUGCAGCUCGUACCUGUCAUCGUUUUCAUUCACCUAUCCAGAAUUUGAUCCGUUAGCUGACGGUGAGGAAACUCAUACAGGUGGAGCGAGCAGGGUAGAUUUAGCUUUAGAUGUACUGAAUUCUCCCACACUUUUGGCCUUGUAGUUCUGAUGCCAUUAGAAAAAAUUAGUUGGACUAUGUGUUAAGUCUUGAUCCAGUCUGCAGGAUCUUGCAAAUUACAGGAUCUCAUGCAAUGCAGUUUUGUGUCUGCUAUGUGUUAUGAUCCACACCUUUGAGCAGCAGGUUUGUGUCCAUUUUCCACUUGACUAAAUCACCAUUAACUUCUUCCAGAAACAUUGCUAUAGCUAAGAGCAUGAGUAUUGUCAUAAGAUACACGCUACCCAUAAUCUGUUACAAAAAGCAUGCAGACA